UGAUGCGUCACCUCAUUGCCUCUGUUCUCGCGAUAAUUACACAAUAUAAAUACGCCGCAGUUUACGUCGCUGCGUCCAUCCACCUGAGGAUUUGGAGAGUAAACACACAACUUUUGACAGCUCUUAUUAUUGGUGGCAUCGUUUCAACAACAAUGGCAGCCGGAGAAGUCAUCUAUAAUCAGAGCCUGGUGGAGAGGGUGGUCAGCCUGCCUCUGGUCAGCUCCACAUAUGGCCUCAUGUCCAGCGUGUACUCCAACACCAAGGACAACCACCCCUACCUCCGGACUGUGUGUGAAGUGGCUGAGCAGGGGGUCCGAACAAUCACCUCUGUGGCCCUCAACACUGCCUCCCCCAUACUGGACAAACUGGAGCCACAGAUUGCCAUUGCCAAUGAUCUGGCUUGUAAAGGUCUGGACAAGAUUGAGAAAACCUUGCCAAUUCUUCACCAGCCCUCUGAGCAGAUUGUGUCCAAUGCUAAAGAUGUAGUGACCAGUGCCAAGGAUGUAGUAACAGGAACAGUGUCUGGGGCAAAGGACUCAGUUUCGGACACUUUGAACACUGUUGUGGAGAGGACGAGGGGAGCAGUGCAUGAUGGGAUGGAGAAGACCAAAGCAGUGGUCAGCGGUAGCGUUAGCACCGUCCUGGAAAGCAGAGUGGCCCGACUAGUGACCAGCGGAGUGGACCAAGCCCUCAGCACGUCCGAAAACUUGGUGGAGCAGUAUCUCCCGUUAACCGAGGACGAACUUGAACUGGAGGCCAAGAUGGUGCAGGGGUUUGACAAGAAUGAUCCCGGUUACUGCCUCCGCCUUGGUUCCCUGUCCACCAAGCUCAGAAAGCGGGCCUACACUAAAGCUGUGUCCAAGAUUCAGGAUGGAAAACAACGCAGCCUGGAGUUCAUUUCAGCACUGAACUCUACUGUUGAUGUAAUUGAAUAUGGCAGAAAGAAUAUUGAUGGAGCCAACCAGAUGGUAAAGGACAAACUCAACUCUAUGGCGGUGUGGAAGUCCGAUGGUCAAAAUGAGCGCACUCAUGAGGCAGAAGUAAUAGAAUCUCGCACUUUGUCUAUGGCUCGCUCUCUCACACACCAGCUCCAAACCACAUGUCUGGGCCUCGCCUCAGGUCUGCAGGGCCUUCCCAAUCACAUCCAGCAGGAGGCACGUUCCCUCACCCACUCCGCCUCACAAAUGUACUCAAACUUCAACAAGGCUAAAGUGUGGUCUGAUUUGUCUGAUAGUGUCUUGACCAACAGCAGGGCUCAGCUAAACAAAAUGAGGGAAUCACUAGAUCACGUCAUGGAUUACUUGGUCAAUAAUACGCCUCUUAAUUGGUUGGUGGGGCCGUUUUACCCUCGCUUGCCUCCUGAAUCUAACGGAGCUUCAAAUUCGGCCUCAAGAAAUACAGAAACGUGCAAAAGUUCGUCUUAUGGCUUUUCACCACAGAAUGAGCAAAUGGAGGUGGAGAUGGAGUCCUUACAAACAGAGCAGCACUAAAUGUUUUAUCCUGUAUAAUCACUGUAUUAACUUAAGUGCUUUCUAGUUUUUAUUCUGAUGUAGAAUGGCUUUUAAAUGUCGACGUUUACAAUUUUAUAUUUCUCCAAAUAGACCAGUUACACUGAAGAGAUCCUAUUUUCUUUAAAGGUGCACUGUGUAUCUUUUCUGGCAGAUUUGUGACAGAAAUGUGCAUGCUUUUGUGAUAGUUUUGAGAAAUAAAAACACCUGUAAUUGAAAAAAUAAAUUAUAUAUUUGUUUAAUGCCACACUGUAGAACAUCCUAGGCAAAGCAAUAAGAUCACCAUAGCAACAAGAAGAUGGCGGACCCUCCACCAGAAAAGUUACACAGUACAUCUUUUAUAGAUUACAGCAAUGAAUCACAGUGCAUAGCCUGCAUAAUGGAUUCCAGAAAACUUUGAUAAACUAAUACAAACUUUAUUAACUUUUUUUAAAACACAUUGUAAAAAUCAAAGCAGACAUUUUGUCAUUUUUGGCAGCGACUUGACAGAUGAUCCAUUAAAGUCUGAAAAGAAAUA